UAGAAUCUGGGAAUGUUACAAACAUUCAAAUCUGCAAAAGACCUGGGUCGUUAAGAGUGUCAGGCGAAACGCGAAAAAUCUGACAACCUGGCAACGCUGCUCACAGUCUGCUCGUUUCCGAAGGAAAAACUUGCGAGUUGACACUAUCGCUUCGAACCAACCAAAUCUACAAACUUAAACCACACAAUGGGACACGGAUUCGGUGAACUGGCCAAGGUACGCGGCAUUGUUGUUCAUAAAAUAUCACCCUUCGAACAGAAGGCUUUCGCAAACUACUUUAGUAAGACGAUUCCGAAUACUCUCCGACGGAUCAGGUCUCAAAUUUUUAUUGUGACACCACCCUUUAUUGUGGGAUAUUUGGUAUACAAUUAUGUGGAAAAUCUGCACACUCAGUUAAACCGUAAGAAUCCAGCUGAUUAUGAAAAUGAUUCGUAAAUGUUUUCAAUGUGUAUGCACUGUACUGAAUCAUGAUUAUACAAAAAUCGAUUAGCUGAAAUAAAUAUAGGAUACAUAAACCAAA